AUGAACUUUUCUUUAAAAAUUUUCAUUAAAUAAGCACUGAUUUCAAUAUUAAACGAUUUGAUUUCACCUUGAUGGAAUUUGAGCCAACUUUCCUGGUUGACAUGAUUUUACACUUGCACCGAAAUUUGUUGCCCGAAAUCUAUGCUAUUGAAUAAAAUGAACAAGGGAAUUUUUAUUUUUCAUUUGGCGUAUCAAAUAAUAUGUUAAUUUACAGGCUUGUUUUGGGCUUAAAAAUUGAUUCUUCAUGAACUAAAAGGGUAGAUUUAACCAGAAAAAUUUGAGAUUCCCUAGUUUACAUGCUUUUUAUAGCAUAAAGUAGUAUUAUUUCUGUGAAAGUAAUGAGUACUGGAGUUAUUACACCUUAGAGGAAAACACUUCUUAAUAAAAUAUCUACCUAAGGAAACAAUACCAGGAAAUGUUUUUUAAUCUUUUCUCAAAGUCAUUCUGGAAAGUGUGUCAUCAUUUUUGUACAAUUAAAGUAUCAUUCAUAUAAAUAUUUAUUGCGGGUUAAAUAAAGAGUAAUUUCUUUAUUUAGAUAUUUUUUCAGUGUCUUAACAGUCAUAAGAAUUAAAUAAAUAAUGACUAGAACGAAGUGGGAGAACAGGAUAUCUACAAAAUAUGGAAUUAAUCGAUCUGACUAUAUUCCAAUAAAGUUCUCAUUCCUUAUUGUUAAACCUGAAGAUGGUUUAGACUUAUCGUUGAGCCCAAUUAUUUUUCUUCAUGGUUUAAUGGAAUCAAAAGAAGUGUGGCUAAAUAUUGCCCAAACAAUUUGUGAUCUGACAAAAAGAAAGGCUUAUGUCUAUGACGCAAGGAAUCAUGGUGACAGUGAAUGGACUGAGGAAUUCACAUUGGACCUGCUUGUCGAGGACUUAAAUUAUUUCAUGGACACUAAUUGUAUUCCCAAAGCAAUUUUAAUUGGAUACAGUGUAGGUGGAUAUGUUGCAAGUAGAUUAGCUUUAAAAAGUCCAGAAAAAGUGGAAUUAGUUGUCAUUGAAGAAGCGUUAUUAGAUAAAUAUCCAAAGUACUUUAUUGAAGCAUCCAUCAAACUUAUGCUGUUAUGGGCGGACGCUGUAAGCAAAGCUCCUACAGACACCAGUAUAAAGGAGACAAUUAAGUUUGCUGUGGAUUACAUGCAUGACCGAAUUCCUCUACCUAAACGAGUAAGUCAACAUUUGAACUUUUUGGGAUACCAGCAAGUGACAUAGAGUGGGUAUCUCAAUCCUGAUUGGUUGUUGAAACGUGGCAUUUGUUUACGUUAUCAGCUGUUCUUUUCAUUCUAUUUAGAGUAAGCCAAUCCUGUCAAGUAUCAAUUCUCUUAAGUGCCACAUUCUAUAUUCUUUCACAAAGAUUCUUUCACGAAAAUUUCAAUUCUUUCGCUGUAUAUUUCUAACUUAACACAAAAACUGGCAGGAAGCCAUGUAGAAUAUAAAUUAACUAAUUAUGCAUUGAAA